AUGCUGCCAAUAUGGUCAAACAAAGGAAUUGUUCCGGCGACGACAACUGCGGCAACACCGCCACCACCCCUCCACCCACCGCCGUCUUAUGAAGUUGUUUCGCAGCCUGACGUUAGACACCCAUCUCACUUCACAGAGACGUCGAUUACUGGAGAGGAAGACUUUAGGACCACACCGACCGCAAGCACCAUCAGUUCAGCUGAAAACGCCGCCACUCCGGCCGACAACGAGCUUGUGAAGCAAACUCUCAAAUGGAUGCCACCACCUCCAGCGGCCAGGCCAUCCGCUCGUCUGGAAGUACCGGUCGGUAUCCCUCAGACUGAGAGCGACAGUUUUUUCUCUGGAUCAUCCCCCUAUUGCCGCGCCUACGCCCCCUGCCUCUCGUCUCACGGCAUUGCAGCCCCAGAUUUCGUUGCCUUCAUCGAUGGCCUCACCAUCACGCUCGCGCCCUCCCCGCCCAUUCAGGCCGCCGACCUAGUCAGCGAGGGACUCGGCCUCGUGCCUGAACCAGUCUGCCAAACAACCAGCGCUGUCCUUGGCCUCGUCUCUGGUGUUGCCGAAGAAGUCACCAGCGCAACGCGCAGCAUACUGUACCUGAAAAAAGUCAAUGCGCAGUACUUCGGACCCAGGGGCCUCAAGGUGUCGCUCAUGAAGGAUAAGGAGCUGCAACAGGCAUUGAAGCUCUCACCGAAGCACGUGCCCCUAGCGCCAGUUGACAGCCAGAGUGGUCGUGUCACUGUGACGGAUCGUCGGCUGGCGGCGCUGGAAGGGUACAUCGCGUCGUUGACGCUGAAUGUGCCGGCGGCCGCACCACCAACAAACGUCAUCGAUCGCUUGAGUGCCAAGCAGGUGCAGUCCCGGAUCAAAAAGCAGAGGGAGAAGGCAGAGAAAGAGGCCGUGAAGCACGAGGAGAAAGCGGCGAAGAAGGCGGUGGAGCAGGAGAAGAAAGACGCAAAAAGGGCAGCGAAGCAGGAGAACAAGGACGCGAAAGUCGCGGCCAAGAACCAAAUAUAUUCUGACGGGGCAGCUGAGUUACAGGGCUCGACCCCCGCAGCCACAACAAGCUCCUUUAGCCAGGCCCAGCCGCUGGAGCCGUAUCGAUCGUACGAGCAGCAGUUCCUCGCUCCAAUGACGUCCCCACCGCAGGCGCCCUCAUCACAGGAGAACAAGAGGCUGAAAUCCCUAGAGUUCAAGAUGCAGAAAAUCAACCUCAAAGCCGACGAGCGCCUGCUGUCCGAAGACAAACCUGACCGUCGCGAGAAGAUCGACAAGGAGAGAGCAAAGAAGCUCGCGGAGGUGGAGAAGGAGAUGCGCAAAGAGGAGGGCAAGGAUGAGCGUCGGGCUGCAAAGUCAGUGGGACGGCCGACGCAGGAGGUUGAUGGGAUUCAGUCGAGACGGCGCUCCAGCAGCAACAGCGGGAGGCCCAGCUUGAACAGCCCGUCGAGCGGUGGACGCGAGGGUUCGGCGCUGGAGAAGAAUCGCAAGGCGGCGGCGAAGUUGCGCUGGAUCGUGGUGCAGAAUCUGCCCGAGGAGAACGAGGUGGAGGAGGCGCCGCAGAAGAGCUGGAUGGCGAGGGGGUGGGAGAAAGCCCGGGCGGAGCUCUGA